GCUCCGCGGUUCACGACGGAUGAAGACAGUAGAGAGUGGACAUGUCAAUAGACACUAAUGUAAAAGAGACAGCCACGGACGUGGCGCGGGGGGUUCUGUUAUUAGAGAAUGCCACUGCAAUCAAAUGUCACGCGUGCAUUAGCUCUUAGCAGUAAACACGUUUUUGUUCCGCUUGUUUUGUGUCUAGUUUUUAACCUUGAAUCAUAAUUUUGGGCCUAUAUUCAGCUCCCGCGGUUAAUUAGAAAAUGCCUCUUGUACAGAAUCAACAAGCCGGAAUAAUUUUGACAGAAACUCCUAUAGGAUCAUUCAAACAGAGGAAACGGAAGUCCAUCAUGGUCACUAUGAUGUUGCUCAUUGUGUCUCUACUCAUCCUUAUCUUUGGAUUGGCAGCCACCACCAGGACACAGAACAUCACAGUCGGUGGCUACUACCCUGGAGUCAUUCUGGGCUUUGGCUCCUUUCUGGGAAUCAUCGGAGCCCAUCUGAUAGAAAACAAGAGGCAGAUGCUGGUGGCGUCCAUUGUGUUCAUCAGUUUUGGAGUGGUGGCUGCCUUCUGCUGUGCCAUUGUGGAUGGGGUGUUUGCAGCCAGACACAUAGACCUUAGACCUUACUAUGCCGGCCGCUGUGAUUUCUACGCCAAUUCAAAAUCCUCUGUGGAUUAUGAGGACGUUCACUGCCAGACAGCAUCCCGUGCAACCUGUAACCUACGUGUGAAAUCUAAUACCUGCUACUGCUGUGACCUCUACAACUGUGGCAAAGAACAUCCUCUUUUGGGACAUGCGAAUAAAGAUGUUUUGAAAAAGUUUAGGAAAACGUCCAUGAUUUGGAACCGUGUGGAGCUGAUGGGGGGCUACCACGAGUACACGGAGGUGGGGAGCUGCGAGGAUGUGGUACACCUUUAUCACCUGCUGUGGUCCGUCACCAUCCUCAACAUCAUCGCUCUUUUCCUGGGCAUCAUAACCGCCGCCGUGCUGGGAGGCUUCAAGGACAUGACGCCCAUGCUGACCCCUGACUCGUGUGAGUCAGAGCCCCUCCCAGCAGCUCCUGUCUCCACAGAGCUUCCAGCUCCCAGCACCUCCUCCUUCAACUGCUACUACAGCAAUGCCCCCUACCUGCCACCCUAUACUGCCUACGACCUGCAGGGCUCCAGUAUGAUGUUCCCAGACUCUUCUGGCCUGUCUGAUGAGUCCCAGUCGGGGGCCAGCCACAUGUGGUCCUCCCUGGUCCCCCCGUGCUACUCUCCACCUUACUGCCCACCCGACGAGAAGCCCCCGCCAUACAGCCCCUAGGAGAGAGGCUGGAACUGGGAAAGAACAGGGGAGGACAUCCGGUAUCGUCUCCUCUUUUGCCAGCUACAUUGGCAACAAAGGGCAAUGGGUAUUGACGGGUGUUAGUGGACCUUGAAUAUUAACCUGUUUGAACGCGAGCUGCUGCUGCAUCUGGUGCUCCAAACUGUUCCUGAGCAGCCAAGCCUGCCUGAGCUGUGUGGAAUAUAAAGAUACAAGGAGUUAGUGGAAGAAAGAAAGAGCAUGAGUCACUGAUGUGACUAGAAGCCAGUGCGGUGAGGUUUAAUUCAUCCCCCAGUAAGUAUAGCCUGUUAGGAUUCAGCCAAACCUGGAUGGAGCGGGGGGGUAUAGCAAGACCCUGCUUGGCCUACACCCCCUUUUCUCAGCAGACUCUCUCAGUUGGUGCUAGUUUGCUCCCUAACUCUUCCCCUUGGCCCUAACUCUUCCAUGUCUUCAUUUCUAAGGGGUCUGGAUAACUAUAAGCAGCGUAGUGGGGGAGGCAACAUCCUAUCGUUUACACCUUACAGGUCUGCAAACAUCAAAGGGUUAUUUGAUUUGAUGUCAUUAGGAUCCCCAUUAGCCGACACCAAUGGUGACAUCUAGUCUACCUGGGGUCUGAUACACAACGAAAAAAUACAUUACAGACAAAAAUACUAUAAUUUACAUACAUCUAAAAAUAUUAAUACUAGCUAGGUUUCCAUCCCUUUGAGGACAGAUUUUCAUGCAAAUAUUCUAGAAUCCGCAUAAAGAAAACAUGCGCAUUUUCCCACCAGUGGUGUGUUUCCACCAAAUAGACUUGUUGCGGAUAAAAAUCAGUGCGUGAUGACAAUUUACUUUUUCACAUAAGUUUUCAUGUACAGAAUUCAUUUUUUAAGUUCAAUGUGUUUCCAUCGCAUUUUUAACUUUACUUACUACUAACACUGUUGCGUUAAUGUGCCUACUCUGGUCUUGGCAGUGUGCUCUAGCCAACAACUCACAGAUACAGUGCGGGUAGGCUGUGCAGGUAGUCAAAAAUGAUACGAUUAUUAUGGAUAAGAGCAAGAAUAUUUUCAUUUGUCAAAUGGCAGUCAAGCAUCGAUCAUCAUGACACCAGAAAAGGACCCUCGAUAGUUAUUGGAAAGGAGCAUCAAGAUCACUUUGCACUUUCAGCACCCUGUGAAGUUCAUCAUAACAUAUUUCAUCUGUAGCCUAAUAAACUGCAUGGUUUCCCGAG